AAUAAGGACUGGUCGACCAAACAAACGACAGAAGAACGCAAAGUCGCUGACACGAGAGAACGGGUAACUGUAUACGUUGUUGUAUCAUUGAUAACAAUUGACACGGGAACAUCGAGGCAUCCAUACCAAAAUAUCGUCUCUCCGUUUUGUAAUUCUCUUUUACUAAGCAUGUCGCAGAUACUCGCUGUUACUCUGUUGUCAUUACUAGUUUUCGUAUCCUGCAUCUCUGGUAGGAGUCUCAAUGGUUACGAAAAAGAACAAGUGUUUGACAUUUUACAGAACCCAGAAGGUCGUGAGGUAGUAUCUAACGAAUUGGGAGAAAUAAUGAAAAUGCGAAUCCUCAAUAUUCUACAAAAGAUGGCAACAGAUAAUUCAGAGGUAAUGGUUGAUGACCAAACUGAAGACAUAGCCCAGCAGUUGUUCGCAGAUGAACCCGUGAUGGUUAGAAAGUCAUCACCAAGUAGUACAUGUAUACUUGACUUCUGGAAGGGAAGGGGAAAAAACUGCAGACAAGGACGUAGUGCACCUAGGCUAUAGAGUGGUGUUUUAGCAUUACACCUAUUAGAAAAGAAAUGCACAAGUUAUUUUGAACUUUACCUAACAUUCUCUCAAAGUGUGAUCUUAAGCACUAACUGGAUGCCUUGUCAUAAACUCUACCGUUCUGGCACCAGUUGCCUGUUACAUGACUGGUGUGGUUUCUGAUGUAUUAUAGCACCUUUAGCACAAGAAGAGAAACAAAAUUAUAUUCUACAUGAAAUCUUCUUAAUUAUCAUUAUUAUUAUUAUUUUUAUUAUUAUUAUGUAAAGUAAUUGAUUCCAGUUUGAAUCCAGGCGGUAUUUAAGCUAACGUCUAAGUACAUCUUAAGGUACCAGUGCGUUUCAACCUUACUGAUGAUACAUGGUCCAGCGCACCUCGAUUUGCAAAUAACGACGUUCGCUUUCUGUCAUACUUACCUUCAAUUUCUCGAAAGUAAUCAGAAAAACAGGAUCAAUUUUGUUAAAAAAUGAAUAUGUCCCUAGAGUUUUAUUCAGAUAAAAGCAAAUUUUAUUAACGUAUACAUGUGUUUCUGAGUCAUAAUACAGAGAACUCGUAAGAUAAUUUUGUUAAAGAGAUUGCUAUAAACAUGUAGGUUUAUAUUACACAAAUGAGGUUAAAAUAGCUACAUUUCUUUAAGAAACAGAUACAUUUUUAAAGAUUAAUUAGAAAUGAACCAAUUUACACCUUGUUAUAUUUUGGAAUGAUCAUGUAAAUAAACGAUAUUGUGUUUGCGUUUAACUGUGAAA